AUGGCAGAACCUACUGACAGUCAGUUGCAUUCGGCGAUUAAAGAAAUACUUAAGGAUGCCGAUCUAUCCGUGGUCACCGCAAAAACGGUCCGGAAGACUCUAGAGGAUCGAUUUAACAUUGACUUAUACGAUCGAAAAUCGAGUAUCGACAAAAUGAUAAUGAAGGUCUUGGAAACAAGGGAAGAAAAAGCCCCUGCCUCGUCCGAUGAGUCUGAAUCGGAUGACGAUUUGGAUAACCCGGUUGAGGACUCGUUUUCUUCCAAAAAGAGGAAAGUGUCGUCAGACGACAACUAUGCGCGAAGUCUGCAAGCUGAAGAAAAUGGCAUGAGACGCCGCAAAGUUGCUUCCAAGUCAGGACAGCAGCGUACACCAAAGAGCACCGGCAAGGGAGGUGGAUUCACGAAACCGGUUACCCUCUCCGACGAAAUGGCAGCGUAUCUCGGUGAACCUGCUCUUUCCCGGGCCGAACUAGUCAAACGCUUUUGGAAAGAAGCCAAAGAAAAGCAGUUAUUUGAUCCUGAAAACAAACAGUUCGUAAUUUGUGACGACGGGUGGAAGAAGCUGUUUGGAAAGAGCCGAUUUAGAAUGUUUGGCAUAUCAAAGCUUUUGAAUCAGCACAUUAUAAAAUAA